AUGUUGACUGGAACAUUCUUGGUAUUCAAUGAUGUUCCUGAAUCUACUAUAGAUACUCUUCUUCGUCGGGCUACUUGGUUAAGAGAACCUCCCAUUCAUCUCACUGAUUACCACUGUUUUUCCACCAUUGUUUUCCUUGUUGAACUUACAUCUUAUCAAAAGACCAGUACUGACCCUUUAUGGCAGAAAAAAAUGGAUGAUGAAGUACAGGAUCUUGAAAAGACGCACACUUGGAACUAUGUUGAUUUACCUUCUGGUAAAAGACCCAUUGGAUGCAACCACCACUUGACACUUCUCCUCCUCUGUCGUGCAUUAUAUGGUCUAAAACAGGCUCCACGAGCUUGGUUUGCCACAUUUAGCUCCACCAUUACUCAACUUGGAUUUACCUUCAGCUCUCAUGACAAUGCACUUUUUACACGACAGACACCCCAUGGUAUUGUUCUUCUUCUUCUUUAUGUUAAUGAUAUGAUUAUUAUUGGUAAUGAUCCACAUGCCAUAUCCGACCUACGACAUUAUCUUGGUCAACAUUUUGAGAUGAAAGACCUUGGAUCUCUCAAUUAUUUUCUUGGCAUUGAAGUCUCUCGAUGCUCAGAUGGUUAUUUGUUUUCUCAAGCAAAAUAUGCCUCUGAUCUUUUAGCUCGCUCAGGAAUUACUGACUCCAACACAACUUCAACACCGUUAGAUCCCAAUGUUCAUCUAACUCCUUUUGAUGGUGUUCCUCUUGAAGAUGUGAGUUUAUAUCGGGAACUUCUUGGCACUAUUCUGAUUUUGAUUGGGUUGGAGAUCCCACUGAUCGACGAUCAACCACGCGUUACUGUUUCUACUCAGGUGAUUCUCUCAUUUCGUGGCGUAGUAAGAAAAAAAGUGUUGUCUCUCGUGGCAAUACUGAAUCUGAAUGUUGUGCUCUUGCUGAUGCUACCGCUGAACUCCUAUGACUUUGUUGACUUCUUGCUGAUAUGGAUGCCCCUCAACAAGGUCCCAAUCCUCCUUCAUUGUGACAAUGGUAGUGCCAUUCAGAUUGCUCACAAUGAUGUCUUUCAUAAGCGUACAAAGCAAAUCGAAAAUGACUGUCACUUUGUUCGUCAUCACCUCUUGUGA